AUGGACAAAAAUAGUACUAGACAAAGUGAAAGCGAUCGAGGAAAAGGUACGGAAGGAAAGAAAAAGAAUGGGAAUAUACAACAUAGUGGUAAGGGAAAGAAGAAAGAGAGCGAUUGUAGUAUACCAGUUCUUGCUAUUGGUUCAAAAGCUACAGUAGCGUCUAUAUUGCAUAAUGUAUCCGAAGAAAGUAGUAGUAUGAAUUCCAGUAGUAUGAAAGAUCCGUUAUUGGUUAAUAAUCAUAAAAAGAAACGCAAACGAACCAAUAAGAAACCAGUGGGAGCAACCACUCGAAUGUUGAAGCGUCCAAUUAUUGCAAAUAUGGAGAAACAAGGAUUUAUACCCAAGAAGAAAGAAGUGACGACGAAUGAUCAUGUAUCGGCAGUAAUAAAGACACGUUCACGUAAGAUGACGACCAAGAAAAAACAAGUCAAACCAGAAGAAGUAUCUGCUGCAAUUGUGGAAAAGAUGAUAUUGAUGAAUGAGAUCCAAGAGACCAGUGAUGUAGCUGAUACUUUGAAGCAGAUGGACGCGUCAGUUAGAAGAACAGUGAUGCAACAGGUGCAUGAGACUGAUGUUAUAGUAGCGAGUACACCAAAGACAAGGGAUGAAGAAAUUACCGCUCCAUGGUCUGAUGUGAUAAUGACGAAGAAAAUGAUUGUCAAUGCAGCAUCUAGUCCUCAUCUCGCUGCUUUCGACGAGAUAUCUACAUUCUCAAGACCAGCAGCACCUGAUGCCUUGACCAUAGAUCCUGUUGUAUCCAUUAAGCCAACAAUUACUGCUUCCGUUGGUGCAAAUCUGAACACGGUUUGUGCAACACCAGUGCUUCCAAGGUCAGUGACAGCUAAGCCAAGUAGCACUGCGUCAGAUUUAAUCAUGACAUCUCCUUUGGGCGACAGUGCUUUUACACCACAACAAGGAGCAGCUACACGGCUCGUAUCAACGGCGCUAGCAGAAUAUAAGGUCACUGGUGAUCAUGAGCGACAGUAUUCUAUGGAUCAGGUGUCUAAAAUCUACGAAACCGAUCUGUUGCAGCCACCUACAAAACGAAUUGCAACUUUAAGCGAUAAUGCUGACGUGCAACUCGAAGCCAAUGGGCCUAGUGAAGCGCAGUCGUCUGCUGAUGGAGAACGUGAUGGCUUGAACCAAUUGCCAAACUCAUCAAGACAUUGCGCAGCACCACAACCAGCAGAUACUCCCGUUCCUGUACAGGAAGCUUACGAGUCGGCAAGAACGGAUUUUGGGGAACAGGCGACACCUUCAGUAAAUGUGGUGUUACGUCCAUUUCAAUCUGGUUCAGCAAAUCAUAGCAAUCAAGAAUCAGUAAACUUGCACUGUGCAAUUGCGCCGCAGGCCGGCCAACUAUCGUUAAACAUGACGCCUGCCGAGCCAGUCCCUGAACAGAGCACCUCGUCAGCGCAAACCCAAGCCCCUUCGAGUUUUUAUAACAAUUUCCAGCCAUCAGUCGAUCAGCGCGAAUCGGGAGCCAAAGCAAUAAUCUCUACUUCUGCCACAGCUCCAAGCAAGGUUGGAGGAUUGAACCUUCAAUCUAUGGCGGCAUUACUUGAAAGUACUGUGGAGACAAAAGAGGUUGACAUUGUCAAAGAUAGCCACAAGUGCGUGCAGGAAACGAGGAGUGGCAACUUGGAAACGAGCAGUCGCGGCGAAUCCAGUCUCACACAGCCCGUGCAAUCAAUGGUAAGCUUACCUCUGUGUCCUCACAAUUCUUGGGGUGCGUCAUUUGGUAUGGCUUUUUCAGCUCAAGGUGCGUCCAGUGUAUCGCGCACGCUAUCGACUACGCCAUUGAGCUCCUGGUUCCUUUCAAAAGGUUGUGCAAAUUUUGUGAAACAAGUUCAUUUUUCGGAUAACGAUGGUGCUGACGAUAGCAGUAGCAGUGAAGAUGAUGUUCCAUUCACCCGACUAUUAUCCAGCUCAAAUGGAGCCGACAAAGCGUUGCAAAAAAGGAAAGCUUCAGUGACGAGGAAGAAUGCAUUCCUCGAGUCGCUUACAACUCAGACCUACUGGCGCACUUGGUAUGGUACGGUUGACUUGCACAAUCUGUUAGAUCCGCCGCUAGCCCAUGUUCCUGACGAACUACGCAGCCAUGAAGUAACCCCGCUCCCGCUUUGGUUGCCAAGCAGUGAAAGCGAUAACAAGAGGUCUGUGAAGAAAACGAAUAAUCUUGAACGAUUGGAGACUGACAUCAGACAGGAGAAGCAACAAGCCUCAGCAUUCAGCAAGCAGCUACUUAUGAUGCUUCAAGGCAAGACCGUGUCUGGCAAAAGGUUUGAGGACGAGUACAGCUCUUUCUUGCAAUGA